AUGGCGAAAUUAUUAAAAUUAUUUAUUGUACUUUGUAUCUGCUUUUUGCAAUCCUGUUUUGGACAAGAAGGAAUCGGACUUUGUUCGCAGGUGUACCAGAUGCAUCAAUAUUGUAUGAACCGACAAGACUACUCAACUGGAACAAACCAAGUUGCAAAACGAGGACGAGUCGGCAAAGCUGGGCCCAGGGGAUCUCCUGGAAUUGUAAACUACGGAGUCAUUAAUUCGACUAUUUCAAAACAAUUUGAAGUUCUUGAAAAUGAGCUAGAAACGAAAUUUGCAGAAAAUUUUCAAGCUUUGGAGAGGACGAACUCAAAUCGUGAUGAUAUAGAACAUUUACAGAAAGAAUUAAUGAACUGCACUCGAAGAAUCAGCAAUCUAGAAGAGAUGUUUACGUGGAACAGAGCUAGCAACAAUUUUUUCUACAAAUUAUUUCACGAUAAAGUAACUUAUGAAACUGCUAGAUCGAACUGCAAGAGAAUGGGAGCGAAUCUCGCAUCUGCGGGAGUCCGCGAUUCUACUGUACGAAAUCAACUAAUUUCGUUGAUCAAAUCUGGAGAAGGUAACGUCUGGAUCGGUUUGGAUGAUCUUCAGCAGGAGGGUAACUUCAUUUGGGCAGAUGGCGUCGUCUCUACUAAAGCAAAUACUGAUUGGUCUACAAACCAACCAGACAAUGCGAGAAAUGAAGAAGAUUGUGGAGAUUUUUCUUUUAGGAUGGGGUGGAAAUUGAAUGAUGCCGCAUGUCGUUUUCUGAUGAAAUAUCUAUGUGAAAAACAAAUUUAA